AUGAGGUCAAUUGCCGUUUUCGCUAUUCUUAUCUCAUGCAUAUAUGCACUAGCUCUUACACCACAGAAAAGAGGUGAAAGUGUAGCUUGGAACUAUCAGAAACAAACCACACGUGGUUUGAAUUUAGGUGGUUGGCUUGUUCUUGAAGCAUACAUUACUCCAUCAUUGUUUGGAUCCUGGUUGUUUGGAGACGACGAGAAUAAUAUUCCUGUUGAUGAAUAUCAUUUCACUAAGCAAUUGGGUAAAGAGGCCGCUGAACAUGUGUUGCAAAUGCAUUGGAAUUCAUGGUACACCGAAGCGGAUUUUGAACAAAUUAGUUAUUUGGGAAUUAACACGGUUCGUAUUCCAAUUGGAUACUGGGCUUUCCAAUUAUUGGAUGAUGAUCCAUAUGUUCAAGGACAAGUGGAAUAUUUGGAUAAAGCUUUGCAGUGGGCUAGAAACCACAAUCUCAAGGUCUGGAUUGACUUGCACGGUGCUCCAGGCUCACAAAAUGGGUUCGACAAUUCAGGCUUAAGAGAUACCUUGGACUGGCAAACGGUUGAUGGUAACGUGCAAGUUACAAAAGAUGUUUUGAACACUAUCUUUGAAAAAUACGGAGGAGAUGAUUACGCUGACGUCGUUAUCGGCAUUGAAUUACUCAAUGAACCAUUGGGUCCAAGUUUGAAUGUUGAUGAGCUUAAGCAAUUUUACCAAGAUGGAUACAGUGCUUUGAGAUCUACAGGAUCAAAUAUCCCUGUUGUUAUUCACGAUGCCUUUGAAGCAAUUGGUUACUGGGAUGAUUUCUCCAUUGGCAACAAUGCAUUCAAUGUCGUUUUGGACCACCACCACUAUCAAGUCUUUUCAGCACAAGAAUUGGAACGUAGUAUUGAUGACCACAUUUCAGUUGCUUGUAAUUGGGGAUGGGACACCAAGAAGGAAAGUUACUGGACUAUUACUGGUGAAUGGUCUGCAGCUUUGACCGAUUGUGCCAAAUGGUUGAAUGGGGUUAGAAGAGGCGCACGUUAUGAAGGUCAAUACGACAACUCGCCAUACAUUGGGUCUUGUCUGCAAUACUUGGAACUUGACAACUGGCCAGAGGACUACAAAACCAAUGUUCGUAAAUACAUUGAAGCACAAUUGGAUGCUUAUGAAUACACUGGUGGAUGGAUCUUUUGGAACUGGAAGACUGAAGAUGCUAUUGAAUGGGACUUCCAAAGGUUGACUGCUGCUGGCAUUUUCCCUCAACCUUUGACUGAUAGACAGUAUCCUAACCAAUGUGGUUUCCCAAGUAACUAG